GAAAACCCUCAUACACCCACUGCAAACCACCAAAAGAGUCCAAACCAUGCGAACAUUUGCCCCACAGAGACAAAGUUCCUACUUUGGAAGAAAUUGCAAAAGUUGAAAAUCAACAAAAGGAAGAAAAAAAUUUUGUCCAUGACAACAUCCAGAAUAUCACUAAAAUGAAAGCCAAAGAACCAGUUCCCAAAGUAGUCGUAGAUAGAGUUGGUACUAGCAAACCGCUUAAACCUAGUUUAGAACCAGUUUACAUCAAAUUGCCGAGAUUUGGUAGAACACCGAAAUAUUUGGUGAGGUUCAUCCAGGCGAAAGAGAAAGAGUACCAAAUGAAAAAGGAUGCAUCCGGUGUUCAGCAACCGUUAUGCAAAUAUAUUACCAGAGAUGAACGGGAGAAACUUCUAAACGGACUCAAACAAAACUGGGAGGAACUUCAGAAGCAAUACCAAGGACUUCCAAUUCUAACCGACACCAUUCCAAAGAAAAUUAGAAAAUCAAAAAUAGAAUCCGACUUGAAACAGCUCGAAAAAGAUAUUGUGUUACUUGAAAGACAUCCAUAUAUUUACGUUUAUGACGACUCUGAUACUUCAUAAAAUUGAAGAGAUAUGUUGCGAUUUAAACUAUGUCUGUGAUAAACUAGUGUGUGAAUUUGAGAAUUUGUGAAAGUGAUUAAUAUAAUCUGAAUGGAAACACAAUUUAUCAUGUAAAGGGUCUUUCAU